AGCGUCACUCACAUGUGGCAAAGAGCAGUAGCUGUGAUGUUAGUGUACGUGAUCUAGGUAGAGACGUACGUCAGUCUCGGCUGCUGGACAGAGGUCACACUAUGGAUGAGCUGCACACAGUUUAGCGUCACUUGGACCGCCGCCGGCUGACUUUUCAAGCAUCCCUGCGGCACCUUUGGACAGUGCCGACAAGAAGGGCCUCCAGUUGGGAAUCCAGCUGCCAGCCAAUGUGCAGACGGGGCCGCAGCAGCAGAACCAGCAGCUCCUGUUGACACCAGCCAGCCUCCAGCUCGCACAGCUCCAGGCCCAGCUCACCCUCCAUCGCCUGAAACUGGCACAGGGAGGCAAUACAGCCACCGCUGCCAGUGUCCUCAACCAGGUCCUUUCCAAUGUCACCAUGUCCCAGCCCCUGUUUAAUCAGCUACGGACUUCGGCUAUGGUUGGGAACCAACAGGGUGUCUUCCCCGGGGGGGUGCUAGGUUUCCCCUCUUCAAAUUCAGCCAUGGGGGCCUUGGUGGGUGGAGGAUUCAACCAAAACCCAGACAACGUGCGACUGAACCAUCCGGGUGGAGGGGGCACAAAUGGUCAACAGGGUGGGGAGUACGGUAAAAAGUUAGGGACAGCUUACCCCUCUGAUACCGACAGGCGUCUUCAGUACAACCUCGCUGGAGGGACAUCUGCAGCAUCAGCUGGUGAUGGACAAUACACAAUGAUUAACACUCAGGCCAAAAACAUGACCAACGUUGGUUUUCAGAGGGAUUUCUAUGGGCAGGAUGUGCAGGGUCAGCAAGCUGGCUUCAGUGAUCAGAAGAUGAACGUUUAUAACACCUCUGGACAUAAGGAGCAAUGGAAAGGCCACGCUAAUUUAACUCACAGUGGGAAGAUGGACAUGGUUUCCAGUCCUCAGACGGUGUGGACAGCAGCUGGGCAGCCCAUGCGCUCCAGAACGGAACUGUACAACCCAGAGGAGCCGACCCCUGACCCCAAGCUAAACUGCACUGGUGGGAUUUCUUUUGGUUCAAGUGGCACACAGGGGUUUGGAGGCUACCAGCCCCUGCAUGGAAGUGAGGAAACCUAUUCCUCAGGAACCAGGACACUUCAGCCCUAUCAGUUCAACGAUUACCAUGCUGUCACCCCCACUCAGCUGCCCCACCAGUGUAGCAUCUGUGACAAGAAGGUCUACAACCUCAAGGACUGGGACCAGCAUGUAAAGGGGAAACUACACUUGCAGAAUCGAACUUUGUACACAAAUGAAAGCUCAGCGGUGGUUUCAGCUGGAGCUGUUCAUUAUGCUGCCGGCGGGCCUUCUGAUGGAGGUCUGAACCCCGGAGGAGCGAACCCCAUCGUCUGUGCUGCUGCAAAUCAAGAUGUGUCCUCAGGAGGCAAUACGUCAUACAUGCCAGCUACAGCCAUGAAGACUUAUCCCAUGCCAGACGCAGGAUUUGCCUCACACCAGUCAGAGUCAAAGCCAUUUCCACCGAGGAAGGUCACGGCAAGCCGAGUCGUUCACAUCUGCAACCUCCCAGAAGGCAGCUGCACGGAGAAUGAUGUCAUCAACCUGGGACUGCCGUUUGGCAAGGUCACCAACUACAUCCUCAUGAGGUCUACCCAUCAGGCCUUUCUGGAGAUGGCGUAUAUCGAGGCGGCUCAGGCCAUGGUUCAGUACUACCAGCUUACUCCAGCUAUGAUUAACAAUCAGAAACUCCUCAUACGAAUAUCUAAGAGGUACAAGGAGCUGCAGCUCAAGAAACCUGGUAAAGAUGUUAAAUCCAUCAUCCAGGAUAUUGCAUCACAGCGGGAAAGGGAUGAGAUGCAAGAACUUGAACACUACGUGCCAGAGAGAGCGCGCUCCCGCAGCCCUAUCAGCCGCUCUCUGAGUCCUCAUUCCCACAGCCCCAGUUUCACAUCGUGCAGCUCAGCCCACAGCCCCCAAGGGGCGUCAUGCAGGGGUCCAGAAAGAGGGAGCAAUGGCCUGGGCCCCCACCGGAGUUCCCGGGAUUGGUCAUCCCACUUAAGAAGGGGUGAAGACGAAAGGGACAGGGACGACCCGUGGAGGAACGGGGGCGCCGUGGACGACAGUCGGCCCAAUGGCCGAACGGUGGACCGUCGGAAGAGCUACCAGAAGCCCUUAGACCAUCUCAGUUUGAGGUCUGCAGAUGAGCGGGAAGGAGGAGGUGGAGGAGGAGGAGGAGGUGAAGGGAUGAGGGGCAACAGAGACUGGCACCCUAGAGGCAGCCCUCAAGGCUCGUCCUUUAACUCUUACAGAAACAUGGAGGACGAUUUCUACAUGGAGAAGGUGUACAAGUCAGACAAGCCGCCCAGGCCUCUGUACCAGCGGCACGACCCAAAGCCAAAGAGGAGAGACGGUGGCGACUACCACGUCAGAGCGAGGCAUUCUGAGUUUCAGACGACAGAGGAUCCGCUUCGCAGGACGCCAGAGGACAAGAGGCAGGGGUCACCAGGCAGAGGCAGGAGCAAAAAAAAUAUCAGGAGGCACACAGCCGCAGACAAACAUGAGAGAGAAAACGCCCCUGAAAAUAAUAAGCGCCAGUCAAAAGAAAAAUCUGUUUCACCUCAGCAGAGCAAUAAGCCUAAAGACAGUACUGAAUGUAACAAAGAAAGAGGCACGGAGAAAGAGUGGGAAAGUGGUGGUGACACUGACGAAGAGUGUUGGUACCCCAAGAACAUGGAGGAGCUGGUCACUGUGGAUGAAGUGGGAGGAGAGGAUGAUUCCAUUAUCGAGCCCGACCUCUCCGAGCUAGAAGAGUUUGCAUCCUGCCCCAAAGAGUCUGAAGUGGAAGAAUCGGUCGAAGAGCAUGUGUCUACGUCUACCUCUUCCGUGGAGGUGCCGGAGACACCCAACGAGAAAUCCAAGCAGGAAACUCCUUGUGGGGGAGUUGUAGAGCAGACAGCAACAGCUGUGAUUGAAAAGGAAGACGAUGAUUUAACUGCACCCGGCUGUGAAGACCAGAGGACGGAUCCAGUGGCUUCUCAGCCACCAGUGGCUAACCUUUGUGACUUCCCGACUGAGGAGUUCAAGGCUGCACUGGAGGAGACGUGCUCAGAGGAGAACAAAGGAACCGCCGACGGUCCCCCAGAAGAACUAAUGGAAAAUCACAUUUGUGCGUCAGAAGAGAGUAAAACCCAGGAAGUAGGACAGGUCACGGAAACCAUCAUGAGUGGAGUGCAACACAAGGAUGGUGUUCUUAAAAAAGAGAUCGAGGCCCCCUCUCCAUCUCCUGAACAAGACAAAGCUGUCAGUGAACACAGCAUCCCUUUGGGAGUGGAGUUCGUGGUGCCGAGGACGGGCUUCUACUGCAAACUCUGCGGCCUGUUCUACACCAGCGAGGAGACGGCGAAGGCCACCCACUGCCGCAGCACCGUUCACUACAGGAACCUACAGAAGUACCUGUCUCAGCUAGCGGAGCAAAGUCUGGCAGGUGCACUUGCUGAACCCGCGGCUGCACAGUGACAGCUCGACCUCUCAACUCUCACGUGGCGAACAGCGGAAGAAAGCUAUCAGCAGCAGCAGCGUGGAUAAUGUGAUGCACUGCAGCUACAAUUUGUGGACGGUUGCAAUGAUUUUUAUAUUUAGGUGGACUGAUGUUUGCAGGUCUUGCGCCACAGAUGCUUUCUAUUUUUUACGUAUCUGAAGUGAAAUGUAUAUUAAGGGCUAUUACGUUUUAAUUUAUCUCUUGUUUUUUUCUUACAGUGUUAUUUUAUUGGCUUGUGUGACUUAAAGUUAUGUGUUGUUUUACUGGCAUGGAAAUGAGAAAGCUAUCGUUUGCAAUAGGGCCUUACAGUAUGUCAGCUUGUUGGGUUUAAAUCAAUUCUUGGCAUUGUCUGCUUUUGGAUUUUCUCUGUACAUCAUCCACACAACAGUGAUUCAUUUACAGCUGCAAAAUGACUUGAAUGUGUUAUGUGCUAAGAAGUGCUUUUUGUUUUACGGUCGGCUCAAAAGCUCAGUGAGCUGCAACUUAAGCAAAGAACAACAAAUAGAAGUAUUUGUUUUCUCACCUUGCAGGUUUUCUCUAAAUGCGGAGCAGAUCUUGUCAAAAUGUCCUUUUGCUGCCUCACAUUGAGUUCUCAAGGCCACUGAAUUUUUGUUCUCAGAUUCUCAGGAUUUCGGUGUAUAGAUCAUAACAUUUAUAUUUUUAUUUAUAUUUGGAGUUUUGAGGCUUUAUGGCAAAUUUUCUUUCAUCCUGUUGUUGUGCACUAUACAGUAUCUGUCUGUGAGGUAAAAUGUACAUCAUGAAUAAUGAUGCAACUAUGCAAACAUUUUUUAUUUUAUUUUAUUUUUCAUUUUAUGUUGCAUUUUAUUCAUAAGUCAACCCCAGUCAUAUUUGCCACUUUGUGUAAUGCCUUAAAUAUUAAAGACCUUAAACUGGACCAUGUGUUUAAUGAAUCAGUUAAACAUGAAGUGUUUCAUGUUGCGGUGAUGUGUAACAGAAGGAUUGUCAGGCCAGACUCUGUUUUUUGUAUACUGUGAAUAACACUGAUCUUGUGACGUCAGUGAUAGUGCUGUUUUCUUUUGAGGAACUUUUCAUAUGAUUUUUGAUGCCAAAAACUUGAAUAAACGUUGCAGAUGUUUCACUUUG